UCCUGAGAUUCUAGAAACCAUUGACUCAAACAGAAUCUUGGCGCUUGACACUGUUCCGAGCCGUACCUGAAGGCAGCACAGACUGUCUCUACAGGAAGUCUUGAAAGUUUUCAGCACAGAGUCAAACUGGUUAUCUGCAUCGAUCACUGCGCAUCCGCGCUGCAUGCGGUCCGUUUGAGGAUGUGGCUGAGCUGAACGAGGCCGGGCUAUUACCGAAACUGUCUUUUGGCUGUUCUGUUAAGAAACCGAAGGUGGGCUUAUGCGACAGACGCGGCGCUCUGUGUGAGUGAAGGUGAAGGCGGAACAGUUAGCGAAUCUCACACACCGUGACCAUCAAGAUGUGGGAACAGGAGGAGUUCGCGAAACACUGGAGGAACGAAUUCCCUGAUGGAGAGGUGCCCCGCAUGGAGUUACACUCCGUGGAGGACAUCGAGUCGGAGCUGGAGACGUGUAAAGCAAACCUGAAGAAGCUCCAGCAGGCUCUGAAGGAGGAGAAAUUCAAGGUGAUUUACCUACAGACCACCGUGGUUCGUCUGAAGAAAAGUCUCCCGGAAAGGGUUGGAGGAGCAGGCGCGUGCGCUCAAACCAAGACGGAGAACGUUAGGAAACCGCCACGGCAGGACGAGGUAAGCAGCGGCAAGGGAACCACCAAGGAGUCCGACUCCGGCCCGGGGUUCAAGCUAAACGCAGGCAGAACUGCCAGCCCUUUGGACCGGGAACAGAGCAGGUUCAGCGGGAGGACGGGGAAGGCGGUCCCCAUCCCCGUCCCGCCGGUGAAGCCCAGCUUCAAGACCCCCACCGCCGCCCCCCCGGACGAGGACGGCAGCGACCAGGAAUACGAGGACGCGGAGCUGAACGAGAACUUCGUGAGGUGUAACCUGUUGACCCCGAAGAUAGUGGUGAAGGACAGCCACUGCAGCAGCCACCGGGACGGACGGCCGCCUUUCCGCUUCAGCAGGGACCUGGACUCCGGCGAUGAAGGCCGGCUGUCGCCGUCCUUUCCGCGGGGAGCGCUGAGAAGGUCCCCCGGCUCCGGGCUCAGCACCCCCGACAGGAGGAGUGAUGGAGAGCUGAGCUCCGACCACGAGGACUCCUCAUCAGCAGGUAAUUCAGAAUGUAACUACAACACAGAUGGCUAUGAAGGAGAAGGAGCAGAAGACGGCAAGUCCCAGGACGGCUCUGAGACGCUGCCCUACAUAGAUGAAUCACCUACUAUGUCUCCCCAGCUGUGCGUGGCCCAGGGCCCUGACGGGGAACCCAUAUCCCCCACACCACCAGAGGGCCUACAUGAGGGAGAUCUUGGGAAAGGUCUGGAGAUGAAGAAACUGGUGCUGUCUGGGUUUUUAACCAGUGAAGAGAUCUACAUCAACCAAUUAGAGGCUCUACAACUGCCCCUGCGGCCCCUGAAAGCCACAGCCACAACAUCCCAGCCCGUCCUGACCAUGCAGCAGAUCGACACCAUCUUCUACAAAAUCCAAGACAUCCUGGAGAUCCAUAAAGAGUUCUACGACGCCCUCUCACCCAGCAUACAGCAGUGGGACGAGAAAGUCACGGUUGGACAUUUGUUCAAGAAGUUGGCCAGCCAGCUGGGAGUGUACAAGGCCUUUGUGGACAACUACAAAAUAGCUCUGGAGACGGCAGAGAAAUGCAGCCAAGCCAACAUCCAGUUCCAGAAGAUAUCUGAGAAUCUUAAAGUUAAAGGACCUAAGGACUCCAAGGACUGCUCCACAGUUUCAAUGGAAGCUCUUCUCUACAAGCCAAUCGAUCGUGUUACUAGAAGCACCCUGGUCCUUCACGACUUGCUGAAACACACUCCUGAGGACCACCCAGACUUUCCUUUGCUCCAGGAUGCUUUACGGAUUUCACAAAAUUUCCUUUCAUCUAUCAACGAGGAAAUCGACCCUCGCAGAACCGCUGUCACUACACCCAAGGGGGAGGCUCGGCAGCUGGUGAAGGAUGGAUUUCUGGUGGAGGUUUCGGAAAGCUCCAGGAAGCUCCGACACGUCUUCCUCUUCACUGAUCUGCUACUCUGUGCCAAGAUGAAGAAGACAGCUGUGGGUCGUCAUCAGCAGUACGAGUGCAAGUGGUACAUUCCCCUCGCAGAUUUAACUUUCCAGACUCCGGAUGACUCAGAUCCCUGCCCCAGCAUCCAAGUCCUGCCUGAGCAUGAGAUUGAGGAGAUGAAGAUGAAAAUCUCAGUCUUAAAGAAUGAGAUUCAAAAAGAAAAGAAAGCUCCAAAGGGUCAGAGCCGCGUGGAGCGCUUGAGGAAGAAGAUGAACGAGCAGGAGUCUUGGUUGCUGCUGCACUCCCCCACCAUCCCCUUCCGUGUCCACAAUAAACAUGGAAAGACCUUUCUGUUCCUACUUUCCUCCGACUAUGAGAGGUCAGAGUGGAGGGAAAGCAUCCAGAAACUCCAGAAAAAAGAUCUGCAAGUAUGUAUACUAACCACUUACGAACUUCAAGUUCUGACCAACUCCUGUGUCAAACUCCGAACAGUCCACAACAUUCCCGUCACCGGCAACAAAGACGAUGAGGAGAGCUCUGGCCUGUACGGUUUUCUGCAUGUGAUUGUCCACUCAGCCAAAGGAUUCAAGGAGUCAGCCAAUUUAUAUUGCACCCUGGAAGUGGACUCUUUUGGCUACUUUGUCAGCAAAGCCAAGACUCGAGUCUUCAGAGACACUGCCGAGCCUUCAUGGAACGAAGAGUUUGAGAUUGAACUGGAGGGCUCCCAGUACCUGAGAAUCCUCUGCUAUGAAAACUGUUACGACAAAAGCAUGCUCAACAAGGACGACAACGAGAUCGUGGACAAGAUCAUGGGCAAAGGCCAAGUCCAGCUGGAUCCACAGACAGUGCAGUCCAAGAACUGGCAGAUGGACGUGAUCGAGAUGAACGGGAUAAAAGUGGAAUUCUCCAUGAAGUUUACCAGCCGAGACCUCAGCUUAAAGAGGACGCCGUCCAAGAAGCAGAGUGGGGUGUUUGGAGUCAAAAUCAGUGUAGUGACAAAGCGCGAGCGCUCCAAGGUGCCUUACAUAGUCCGUCAGUGCAUUGAGGAAGUUGAGAAGAGGGGGAUCGACGAGGUGGGAAUCUACAGGAUCUCAGGGGUGGCCACUGACAUCCAGGCUCUGAAGUUGGCAUUUGACACAAAUACCAAAGAUAUUCUCAUGAUGCUGAGUGACAUGGACAUCAAUGCCAUCGCAGGAACGCUCAAGCUUUACUUCAGGGAGCUGCCGGAGCCUCUGCUCACCGACCGCCUCUACCCGGCUUUCAUGGAAGGCAUCGCUCUCUCAGACCCCGCAGCUAAGGAGAACUGCAUGAUGCACCUCCUGCGCUCCCUGCCUGAGCCCAACAUCAUGACCUUCCUCACGCUGCUGGACCACCUCAAACGAGUUGCUGAGAAGGAGCCGGUGAAUAAGAUGUCCCUCCAUAACCUGGCCACGGUGUUUGGCCCCACCCUGCUCCGACCCUCUGAAUCCGAGAGCCUGAAGGGUCAGCACAUCAUGUCGGCCACCGACAUCUGGUCACACGACGUCAUGGGGCAGGUUCAGGUGUUGCUCUACUACCUGCAGCACCCCCCCAUCUCCUAUGCUGAACUCAAACGCAACACGCUGUACUUUUCCACUGACGUCUAACCCCCCCAACCACCAUCACCACCCCCCACACCUGAGCCACUGAGGGCUCCGAGCGGGACGAGACGGAAUGACUCCAUACAAACUGUGGACCCCGCCUCUCCAUUCCCCAUGGCCUGACCUGCGCCCCCCCACAGGCGGCUCGUCUCCACUGUACAGACCCCUCCCUCAGAAAUCCACCCGGCUCCCCAACACCUGUUCUGUGUGGAGAUGGGGAGGAGGCCUCAAAGAUCUGUUGCCGUUCCUGUUUUCAUUGAGAUGCUGGCCGCCUCCCACCCUCUCCGGAGGGCCUGGCUGGGUGAGGCGGGGGCUCCGAGGGCCACAGCCUGGUGCAGUGGCUCCUAACCCGGGUGUGCAUGGUGGUAAUCUGGUUUGAUCAACACAGAAACUCAAACUCCGGCUUUUUCUCCUGACAGAGGCAUCCAGAACAGCGGCAUUUAUAUGUUUUCUACCGAGCGUCAGUGUGUGGGUGUGUGAGUGACGGAGGCGGCCGGCCGUGGCGUGCGCAUGGAGCCAGUGUGUUUGUGUGGGAGGGACUCAGAGACGUUGGGAAGCGGCAGGGACCGAGUCUGUACUGAUAAAGACCCAUCCCUGCUCAGAGUUUUUGGCCAAAUGAUCCCUAUUUAUUUAAAGUACAUAGAAUAUGUGUGCCUGUACAGUUUUGUGCGACUAGAGGAAACUUUAAGGAGUUUGUUUUUAAGUUCAUCCAGGUAGUGGUGUUUCAUUUUAUAAGUCUGAGUUUCGGCGUGCUGAAAGUCUGCUGGUUCCUUUCAGAUCUCCUCUGUAGACGUUCAUUCAGGCACUUGUGUUUGGGGAGGGGGGGGGGCAAACAGAGCAGUUUUUUUCUUUUAUCUUCUUGCAUUUUCCGCCUGUUCCAAGUGACUCACUGCACCGGUAUUGCUUGUAGGAUGGUUUGUAUAGUUGCCCUCGUUGCAUGUCCAGCUUGUGGAAGCCAGCCGGCGUCCGAACACAAAGGCGGGUCCAAGACUCCCACUGUCAAAAAAACAACUCUGCUCAGUUCCAACCUGCAGACGAUUUUAGCCAAACUGCAAGCACUGCUAGAUAUUUUUAAUAUAAGAUUAAAAUAAAAACUGUUGUAUUUUACUUCCUUUGAGAAGAGUUUCAUUAUUCUGUAAUAUUGAGUCGAUGUCAAUGUGAUCUGUUUUUUUCUGGUUUUUUAGUAAAAUAAAAGUUAUGAAAACCAUGA